AUGAUCGAGAAGGCCCCUACCCAUUUGGCAACUGCCGACCUUACUCCAGUAUCUCCGGCACCUCUUCAUCUGUCCUCUCCUGUAGUAGUACCUAGCCUGCAAGACCAGGCUGACACGCUGUGCACAAUGUCGCUCUCCAACAACAGUCAGGUCCCCUCCGCCUCUGUAGCAGCCGUGGAACAAGUUGAAGCACCAUAUCAGAACAAUUUUCCUGCCAGCACCAGUCAAAAUAAUACUUACAGUGCCGACGCUACUAUUUCACGUCGGGACAGUUUCGCCGAUGAUAUUAACGGCGCUGGGAAUCAGGGUGAAGGAGCUGCAUGGCUCGGAGGUGAAAGAGACGCCCAGCAUCCUAGUCAGCAGAAUGGUGCUGAGGUCCAGCAAGAUGUAUCCAACACGAUCGAAUCCAGUAUUAGUUCUGUUACGUCUGAUUCCUUGACAAAUGGUUCUGAAGUCGCCGCUCCUUCAUAUGACCUCUCUUCCUCAAGCCCUGCUCAGUCCGUGCAUCAGCCCGCCCUAAACCUGAGCCCAUCAGGAGCCCAAGAGCCGCAAAAGCCACAAGAACAGGCUGUAAUUAAUUCGUCAACGGACGAUUCCGAUGUACCUCAGCCACCUUCAGCAGCGCCCGCUGGGGAGGAUGAUCGCCCAUCAAAUGCUGCCAAUAAUGAGCAAGACAUUCAAAACAUGCUCGAUAAGAUUAUAGGAAAUUCGUCCGUGGGUAAUGCCAGUCAAACAGCGGUUCCGCAGAGUUCUGCUGCCAACAUUUCUGCUCCCCCGCAAGCAGUAUCAUUGCCACCUAGACCCCCAAUGCCGCAGUUCCCUGCCCAGCCAUAUGUGCAUCCUGAUGAUAGUCUCAAUUACCAAUCAGGAUUAUCCUAUCCUAAUGCCAACGCGCUAUCUACCCUUCCACCCCCUCCUGGCACAUAUUCUACUGGGGCUCCCGGAACGGCUCUAGAAGCCCGUAAUAGCCUUCCACCCCCUCCAGCCUCAUCUAUUAAUGCCUUGCCAGUUCAUUCGUUCCCGGUACCCCAAUUUGACCCUGCUUAUGCUGCCGCUACAGGUACUCCAUCGCAUGCUUCUGACCACUACCCACAAUGGGAAGCCUUUCUCCAGGAAGAACGUCGUUACGUAUCAGAAGCCAAAUGGGACCGUUUCCCAGAAGGAUCAAGAUUAUUUAUUGGAAAUCUAUCUAGUGACCGGGUCUCCAAGAAGGAAGUCUUCGAUAUAUUCUCCCAAUAUGGACGCCUCGCACAAAUUUCUCUCAAACAGGCGUACGGUUUCGUACAAUAUCACACUUUAGAGGAAGGUCAGGCUGCUAUGGAUCACCUACAAGGGAUAGAAGUAAGGGGUCGUAAAAUUCAUCUUGAAUUCUCCCGCACCCAAAAGAAGGAAGGAGAUGGAGAGAGGCGAGGAAACAGGGUUAAGAAAGAAAACGAACGCCACGACAGUGGACGCGGGCGACGUGAUGAUUAUCGCCCAGGUCGGCAGCCAUCGCCGAGGCGGGGAAGCCACCGACAGCAGACUUCUUUUGAUGGUAGCCGCGGUUAUCAUGACGACUAUAACACCCGUGCGCGAUCAAGAUCUCCUGGUUAUGGAAGACGCGACUCGGGUCACUACCGUCGCCGAAGUCCUAGUCCCUAUCGUCGACCUCUAUCUGAAGUAGAGCUCGAUAUUCCUCGUCGAUAUGGUGGUGAUAUUCCAGAUGUGCAGUUUAUACUACUCCAUGAGGUCGACAGAGAUUUUAUAAGCUGGACCGAGAGAGCCUUUCUCAACCAGGGUUUAAGGGUGCAGGUUAUGUUCCUUCAUCCUCAUUUAACUCGAGAAGCUGUGAUCCAGCGUCAAGUGAUGGAAGGCGUCCAUGCGGUCGUCGAACUGGAUUAUCGAGCACAACAAACUGGUGCUAUCUCUAUGCAAGUAUUCAAUCGCUCCGCUGGACACGCCAGUGUCCAGUAUGAUCAAUACCAGGAACUCGAUCCCAACGUUGCUGCGCAGCUAGUCUGUCGAGCCAAAUCUCAAGUUCAACCACACAACACUUACGGCGUUCAAUAUCCGCCUAUCCAAUAUGCACAACCCCCGCAACCGCCUUACCUGCCUCCGUCAUAUGCUGCCCAGCCCUAUCCUCCCGCUAAUGUUCCAACUGGUAAUCCAAGUGGCUCAUUAGAUAAUGCCACAUUGCAAAAGAUCCUAGGAUCUCUCCACAACCAACAAGGUGCUCCACAGGGUUAUCAUCCUGGGCAAUCGGCUGGAGGUGCGCCUGUUGAUGUGAAUUCGGUAAUGGCAAGUUUGGGAGGAGCCCAUAACAUGGGCACUGCUGGACAUAACCAGCCUCACAACGCAGGUUAUCCGCCUGUGCAUCCGAACGGUGCUCCCGGUGGCGAUUCUUCACAGCACGUCCAAAACAUCAUGGCACAGCUGGCGAGAUACCGGCAGUGA